CUAUCGAACAUCGAUGAACUGAAUCAUUUAAUAUUUAUAUCUCGAACAUUAACAUCGUUCAUUCCAAUUGAUAAUACAGGAUUCCAUCAAUGCAGAUGGGGAUACCACAACCUAUCCGUAGUCGAAGAAGUUGUCGCAAGCUACAAAAAGGCGCAAAUCCCACUCGACGUAAUAUGGAACGACGACGACCACAUGGACGGCCACAAGGACUUCACACUCAACCCCAAAAACUACCCCCACCCGAAGCUCUCCGCAUUCCUCGACAAAAUCCACUCCCUCGGCAUGAAGUACAUCGUCAUCAUCGACCCCGGGAUCGGCGUCAACAAUACCUACGGCACCUACACGCGCGGCCUAUCCAACGACGUCUUCAUCAAGUACGACGGCAAGCCCUUCUUGGCCCAAGUCUGGCCCGGGGCCGUCAACUUCCCCGACUUCCUCAACCCCAAGACCGCAGAGUGGUGGGCCGACGAGAUCCGCCGCUUCCACGCCCUCGCCCCCGUGGACGGCCUCUGGAUCGACAUGAACGAGGCUUCGAACUUUUGCAACGGACUCUGCACGAUUCCUCAGGACCGGAUUUGCCCUAACGGCACCGGUCCUGGAUGGAUAUGCUGCCUCGACUGCAAGAACAUGACCAAAACCCGGUGGGACGACCCGCCCUACAAGAUCAACGCUUCUGGCACACAAGUCCCGAUCGGAUACAAAACUAUCGCCACGAGCGCUUAUCACUAUAACGGCGUGUUGGAGUACGACGCGCACAGUCUCUACGGGUUCUCGCAGUCGGUCGCCACCCACGAGGGGCUUUUACGUCUCGAGGGGAAGCGCCCGUUCAUACUCACGCGAUCCACCUUCGUGGGGUCGGGGCGGUACGCCGCGCAUUGGACGGGGGACAAUAAAGGGACGUGGGAUGAUUUACGGUACUCGAUUUCGACGAUGCUUAAUUUCGGAAUAUUCGGAGUUCCGAUGGUCGGUUCCGAUAUAUGCGGAUUCUAUCCGGCUCCUACCGAGGAGCUCUGCAACCGUUGGAUCGAGCUCGGCGCCUUCUACCCCUUCUCGAGGGAUCACGCGAACUUCUACUCUCCGAGACAGGAGCUCUAUCAGUGGAAAUCGGUGGCUAUAUCAGCCCGAAACGCCCUAGGCAUGAGGUACAAGCUCCUACCGUACCUCUACACAUUGAGCUACGAGGCUCACAUUACUGGAGCGCCGAUUGCUCGUCCCUUGUUCUUUACGUUCACGAACGAGACGAAAUUGUAUGGAUUGAGCAAGCAGUUCCUCCUCGGGAAAAGCCUCAUGGUUUCUCCUGUUUUGCAUAGGAACAAAACCGAGCUCAAAGUUCUCUUCCCGCCCGGUACGUGGUACAAUCUUUUCGAUAUGACUAAGGUUGUUGUCUCGAAGGCAUCGCACUACCUCAGCCUCGACGCGCCCUUGCACGUGAUCAACGUGCAUUUGUACCAAAACGCUAUUAUACCGAUGCAACGAGGCGGGCUCAUCACUAAGGAAGCGAGAAAGACACCUUUUACCCUCGUAGUCUCAUUCCCGCUCGGUGCAAAAUCGGGGGAGGCUAGGGGGAAUCUUUUUCUCGACGACGAUGAGCUUCCCGAGAUGAAACUUGGCAACGGGCGUUCGAGUUACAUUGAGUUUUACGCGACGGUUAGUGAAGGAGCGGUGAAGGUGUGGUCGGGUGUUGAGGAAAGUAAGUUUGCUUUGGAGAAAGGUUUGAUCGUCGAGAAGGUUGUUGUUUUGGGAUUGGAGGGAAUUGGAAGUGCCGUUGAAGUCGAAGUUGAUGGAAAUACGGUUGAGGGUAGUUUCGGAAUUAGUUCAACGGGGCACGAGUAUCAUGCGGAGAAAUUGGAGGAGGGUGCAGAUAAGAUGAAGAAUGUGAUGGUGGAGGUUAAAGGGCUUGAGUUGCUUGUGGGGAAGAAGUUCGUUAUUUCCUGGAAAAUGGGAACUAAAUCUUGAAAUUUUACGUUGUUCGAUUGGUUUUUUCUUUUUCUUUUUUUUUUCCUUCGAGGUUUAUUAUUCGAUGAUCGACAUGUUUUCGAUUGUGUCCUCGAUUUUCGGUAUUAUUACGGUUGGUGAAUGGUGGGGAGAUGGCAUAAAAAGCUUUGUUCAUCCCUUACCAUUUAAAACAUGAAUACCAAGUGAGAUGUUUUUUUCUUGUUUUCAUUAUAUUGGUAACAUUUGCAA